AUGGAUGAAAAUAGAAGACCGGAAAGUUUAGGACUGGAUGAUGAUGAUGAUGAUGAUGAUGAUGAUGAUGAUGAUGAUGAUGAACUUUGGAAAGUUUUUGUAGAAUAUGAAAAUGAUGAAACAAUCCGUUCCAUCUAUCCUGUCCUGUCCUAUCUUGUCCCGUAUCGUCUCGUCUCGUCCCGUUUUGUCCCAUUUCAUCUCGUCUUGUCUCGUCCUGUUCCGUCCCUUCCGUUUGUCCUUCAAGAGUAUUUGGAAUCAAAGUUGUGGAAGAGCAGAAGUAGAACUGUGUAA